GCGGCACGACGGGCGAGGAGGGCGUUGGUAAUGGCGGCGUCAUAGCGUCCUUUGAGGGGACUUGGGCGUGCUUGCUCCAUUCUCCAAUCGUCUUGCACCAGCGGAAAACGUGAUGGCUUCGUGCACGAGAGGCCUUCUCACUCUAGUUAGCUUUUGCCCAGCGGAAUGCCCUCGAGUGCCCGAAAGAGGCUCCGCGCUGCUCUCCCUUCCUCUUCCCCCGCGCAAAUCCUGGCGACUAUGCCCAGCCGUUGUUGGGCACAACCUCCUAACGACCGUUAGUGCGAGCGCACGACGAGGCCGCCGCAGCGCGCGCAGAGCCUGCACUCCCGCAGACAGACCAUGCUCACGUCUUCCUCACCGACCAUAUCAGCGCCUCCCUCGCCCUCGGCUGCAUUCCACUCGCACGCCCGCUCAUACCAUGCCUCGCGACGCACGUCGAGCUCCUCCUGCGCACCCUCUCCACGCUUCCCGGUGAGCAGCGCACCGGCGCGGCGAUUCGACGCGCUGCCCUCGAAUCCGGCGGCGUCGGCGCAGUCGCCCGUGGCCGCCUUCACGCGGUCACCACAGACCAGGAGGAGGGAGUACGCCGACGCUGGCACGCAGUACACGCCACCAGGCUACCCACCGACCUAUCGACCGCCGCCCCAGGCCGCCGCGAACACGAUAGCCACCGCCCCUCUCCCCUCGAACCCAAUUGCACACACAGAGCGGGGGGAGACCUCUGCCGAACCCGCCGUCACGGAGCCGCCAGAACCUGACCUGCGGAUAGAUCCGCAGCCCGUGGUCCCUGCACCGCCUGCUCAGCCUGCCCGGAGAGCGUCGAGAGACGUGGGAACGCCGCGUGGGCAGCAGAACACAAGGCACAACGAGGCGAGCACUGCCUCCGAGGAGCACUCUUCACCUGCUAAGAGAGCGCGGCCGCAGACCCCGACUGUCAAGGUCAUGCCGCUCAAGUACGAGACUUGCGAUGUAAAGGACCUGGGCGUCCUCAUCUCAGACAUGUUGAUGGAGCUGGUGCGCUUGAACGACGCGCAUCCGCUGCGCGAUGGACAACUCACAAGAUUCCAUUCGAGAGCGCCGCCUGCCAUCUCCGUCCGCGAUUACCUCUUUCGCCUCAUUGUACAUUCGACCCUCUCACCGCCCAUUCUUCUGUCCAUGGUAUUCUACGUCGACAAGCUGUGUACCAUGUACCCCGCCUUCACCAUCAGCAGCUUGACCGUGCACCGGUUUUUGAUAACCGCAGCUACCGUAGCGGCGAAGGGACUCAGCGACAGUUUCUGGACAAACAGCCUAUAUGCAAGAGUGGGGGGUGUGAGUGUCAGGGAAUUGGCGCUGCUUGAGCUGGAGUUCUUGAGAAGACUAGAGUGGCGGAUCGUCCCGAAGCCCGAGACGCUUGUAGAUUACUACAAGGGGCUAGUGGACCGGGGGGAGGGCUAUGUGAUGGAGAAGGAACCGGAGCCAGCUCUGACAGCCAGCUCUACGGCGAGUCCGCACGCUGAUAGCCCACCACUGCCAGCUCGUAGCCGCGAAUCAACCAAUUCAUAGCAUCGGUAACGACGCCUAUCCGGUAUCGAGCAUCCAUAUGAG